UGCUUUUGUCGUCGUCCACGCGAAAGGGGGAAGGGGAGGAUGCGAAGGCCGUGCUGUGCUGCAAGGUUCAUGCAAUAGAGACGCAGCGGCAAAUCCCACCUAUAAAUAACCUCUCUUUUCUCUCUUCACCUCCUCAUAGCUUCGGAUAUUCCCUCCGAAUCUCUCUAUCUGUGUCUCUCUUCACCUCCCCAUUCCUCUCCAAGAGCCUUGCGCCGGGGGCGAAGGUCUCCAGCCAGAUCCGAGACGGCGGCACCUCGCCCCGCCCGAAUUUCCUGGUUCCGAUCGCGUGGGAUUCGGAUUACGGCGAUCCGGGCUUGAAUUCUAGAGGAGGAUCCAGGUCUGAUAAGGGCUCCGUUUGGAGUUAUUCUUGCAACUUUGAAUUGCCGACAUUUUAGUAUUGUUGUUACAUUGAACAAAUUUAACAAAGGAUUAAGGUUUGAAAUGCUGAAAAACGGGAUGAUAGAAUGCAGUGUUUGUCAUUCCAAAUUGUCAUCCCCCACAAGCAAAACAGUAUCAAGGGCAUAUGAUACCCGUAAGAGCAAGAUAUCAUCGAAAUAUCGUGCCCUCAAUGUUCUUCUGGUUGUUGGUGAUUGCAUCUUGGUUGGUCUCCAGCCUAUUUUGGUUUACAUGUCCAAAGUGGAUGGAAGCUUUAAGUUUAGUCCUAUCAGUGUUAACUUUCUAACUGAGGUCACAAAGGUUCUCUUUGCCAUCAUCAUGCUUAUGUUCCAGGCUAGGCAACAAAAAGUGGGAGAGAAGUCCCUUCUGUCAAUUUCAAAUAUCGUGCAGGCAGCUCGCAAUAAUGUUCUUCUUGCUAUUCCUGCCCUUCUUUAUGCCAUCAACAACUACUUGAAAUUUAUAAUGCAGUUAUACUUUAACCCCGCAACUGUGAAAAUGUUGAGCAACCUGAAGGUUUUGGUAAUUGCUGUUCUUUUAAAGAUCAUAAUGAAAAGGCGCUUUUCCAUUAUCCAGUGGGAGGCUCUUGCAUUGUUGCUUAUCGGAAUUAGUGUUAAUCAGCUCCGGUCAUUGCCUCAGGGAACUACCGCACUUGAUCUUCCUGUAGCAAUGGUUGCGUACAUUUAUACAUUAAUUUUUGUGACUGUUCCUUCACUAGCCUCAGUUUACAAUGAAUAUGCUUUGAAAAGCCAAUUUGAGACAAGUAUAUAUCUUCAGAACUUGUUUUUGUAUGGCUAUGGUGCUAUAUUUAACUUUCUUGCCAUCGUUGGAACUGCCAUUUUUAAAGUUUUUAAUGCUCGGCAUGGAAUCUUCAACGUCUCAGGACCCAGUAGCUUUGAUAUUCUUCAAGGCCACUCAAAGGCUACAAUGUUGCUCAUAUGCAAUAAUGCAGCACAAGGCAUCCUGUCCUCAUUCUUCUUCAAGUAUGCAGAUACAAUUUUGAAGAAAUAUUCAUCAACAGUUGCCACAAUUUUUACUGGCAUAGCAUCUGCGCUGUUGUUUGGCCAUACUCUAACUAUAAACUUUAUGCUGGGAAUCUCAAUAGUGUUUAUAUCAAUGCACCAGUUCUUUUCUCCACUGGCAAAAGCCAAAAAUGAGGUGCCAAAUGGAACACUGGAAAUGAUGGAUGCCCAAGAUCUCAGAUCCAAGGAAGCAUCCUUCAUAAAUAUGACUGCUGGUGCAACUGAAGAUGCUAGCCACCAUAUUGGACCUGAUGAGAAACAGCCGCUUCUUCCCACCUAAUUUUGUUCUCAAGGGACAUGGAAGAAGAUUCGUUUACUGGAUAUAUUAUAAAGAUGAGCCAGUUCUAACUACUACAAAUAAAUUUUUUGACCACAGAGAGGAGAUAUAUAUAUAUCUCACAUACAUAUUUUGACCAUAAAUUUCAAGCUGUUUCAUGCUGUAGCUUUUCAGUAAUGAGGAGGACCAGCUGCCAUGAGAUGGAGUAGGGAAAAGGAUUAUAGUUGAGCUGUAGGGGGUAGUCAUAGAAAGGCACUUUGUUGCUUUUCACUCAUAGUGUAUCCUUACUAUUUUAGUCACUGGCGGACUUCUUUUGAUAUCAUUUAUGUCUUUGUUUUCCUUCCAUCGAGUUUUGGAUGGAUUAUAGUGUUAUCAUCCAGCUUUUGCCAUGUAAAAAUUGGAGUUACGAGUUUAUAAAGGAUCUUCUAAAUGAGCAGCAAAAUCCCAAGCCCCUUAUAAUUUGGUUUGUUGAGGCUA